UUACUACUACUUGCUUUUUGGGUGCAACAAAAUAAAAAAGUUAGAGAGAGAGAGAGAGAUGAGCUCCAGAGAAGAAACUCAAUACACAACCAUAAGAAAAUAAAAAAAAAAACUUUUUUUUUUCAUUCUCUCUCCCACUAAAUUUUCCUUCUUUGGUUAUCUGGGUCCGUACACGCCGAGUGCAAAAAUCACGAGAUUUUGAAGGAAUCUUAACCAGCGAGAGUGUUCGUCCAUGAGGAUCCGGAAACGACAAGUCCCUCUUCCUUUGUCGUCUCUAUUACCUGUCCCUCUCUCAGAUCUCUACUCCAACCGCUCGCCGGCGAUCACCCACGGCGGCAGCGGGGGGGACGAUGGGUGUAGAGGCGAUGCUCCUCCUCAUCCUCCGUCGUCAGAUCUUUCUGAUGGGUUGAUCCGACGGUGGAGCAUCGACGGCUAUGGUUUCUCCGAUCACAGAGCUCAUGAUGAUGACGAAGAUGGGAAGAAACCAAAGGAGGAGGAGGCAGCUUCGGGCCAUAAAAGGAUUGAAGGAGGAGAAGAUGAGAGCGAUGAAGCGGGCAGCAAGAACGUCGAUCCGGGUCCAGAAACAGCUGUCGGAAACCCCUCGCGAGAAUCAAGCUCUCCAUCGCAAGAGGGCCAAAAGGUUGUUCCUUUGAAGAAGAGAAGAGGGGUUAGCUCUGAAGAAGAUAACGACAAAGCCAUGGCGAGCGUUAACAUGGAGAUGAAGAUGAAGAAAUGCGUGGGAGAGAUCAAGAAACCGGGAGGAGCGGAUGAAGAUGGAGGUAAGUUCGGUUCCAUGGCGUCAAAGGGACGGAAGAAAGCGAGGGGAAGUGCGUUGGCUGUAGGAUCAAGGUGCAGCCGCGUGAAUGGGAGAGGAUGGAGGUGUUGCCAGCAAACCCUCGUCGGGUAUUCACUGUGCGAGCAUCAUCUGGGGAAAGGACGGCUAAGGAGCAUAUCGGCCAGUUCGAAAAACGGGCAUGGCAAGAAGAAGGAAAGAAACUCGACGAUGAAGAUGACAAACUCGUCGGAGGAGGAGACGGCGAAGAAGAAGAAGAAGAGGGUGAAGCUUGGGAUGGUGAAGGCUCGUUCCAUAAGCAGUUUGCUUGGACAGACUUCUAGCACUGAUCAGAUAGCUGCACCAACAGAUCAGUAUGGUGAUAAGUGACCUGGAGAUCAACAUAUGAUCAUGAAGUUUCCUUGUGUUAUAAUCUGUAUGUAGCUGUGUACGUACGUAUUUAUGUACGUAUAUACAUGUAAUGUACAUGUGUGUGUAGUGUGCUUGACGAAGAGACACGGGAAGUACUUCGGUGUUUGCUAUCGUGUUUUAUGUAUGCUGUGCAACUUAUGCACGUACUUUCCUAUAUAUUUAGCUGUUGCCUUUUUUAA